UCAGUACCGAGGAGGCUCACGGGUGAUGGUGUUCCUCACCGUCACGCGCUCCGGCUGGAGAAGCGAUCUGGCACCGAUCACGAACUACAUAUCCCAGGUCGCACCGCGCUCUGCCGCCGCGAGGGGACGGGCCUUCGGCCGAAUGCUAAUGCAGGGAGGAGGCACGGCCGGCGCCUGCGCAGUGCGGCCCCGGUGGCGCAUUUUCCCCCAAGAGAGGAAGGUGGCGCCCGACGGAGCGGAAGAGGGCGGCGCUCCUCCCGCAGAGCGGCGCUGCUGCUACUGCCGGAGCGGAGCGGGCGCGGCUUGGGCCGCCGCUGGAAGCGAGUGAACUACCUCGUAUGAAAGAGGCAUGGAUGGGAUGGAUGAAACAUCUAAAAGAAUUCUAGAGCCAUACCAGUAUUUACUUCAACUACCAGGUAAGCAAGUAAGAACCAAACUAUCACAAGCCUUCAAUCACUGGCUUAAUGUUCCAGAAGAUAAAAUACAGGUUAUUAUUGAAGUGACAGAGAUGCUACACAAUGCAAGCCUACUUGUGGAUGAUAUUGAAGAUAAUUCAAAGCUACGACGAGGCUUUCCAGUGGCUCACAGUAUCUAUGGAAUUCCAUCUGUAAUCAACUGUGCUAAUUAUGUGUAUUUCCUUGGCUUAGAGAAGGUUUUAACCCUUGAUCACCCAGAUGCUGUUAAAGUUUUUACUCGUCAGCUACUGGAACUCCAUAAAGGUCAAGGCCUGGAUAUUUACUGGAGGGAUACUUACACCUGCCCUACAGAAGCUGAAUACAAAGCUAUGGUACUGCAAAAGACAGGCGGUCUCUUUGGAUUAGCUGUAGGCCUCAUGCAGCUCUUCUCAAAUUAUAAAAAAGACUUAAAACCACUGCUUAACACACUUGGUCUCUUCUUCCAAAUAAGAGAUGAUUAUGCCAACUUGCAAUCCAAAGAAUAUAGUGAAAACAAGAGCUUUUGUGAAGACUUAACUGAGGGCAAGUUCUCAUUCCCAACCAUUCAUGCAAUUUGGUCAAAACCUGAAAGUACACAGGUGCAAAACAUUUUACGUCAAAGGACAGAAAACAUAGACAUAAAAAAGUACUGUGUGCAUUACCUCGAAAAUGUGGGUUCAUUUGAGUACACUCGGAAUACAUUGAAAGAGCUUGAAUCUGAAGCCUAUAAACAAAUUGAAUCACUUGGGGGAAACCCUGAGCUUGUAGCACUAGUGGAACAGCUGAGCAAAAUGUUCAAAGAAAAUGACAAUUAAUUAAUCUCCUGGGGAUGAAUGGAAGCUUUUUUAAAAUGGGUAAAUAAUCUUUCCUGAAAGAUGUGAUAGUCAGUCUCACUUAAAACUAUUUAUUGUCUUGCCACGUGGCAGUAAUGUCUGUUGAACAUAAGUUUGAUCACUGAGUAUUGCAAUAUCUUGUCUAUACAGUCUUAAUUGUAACUGCUCGUGGAUGUCUUCAAAACAUAUACUAGAAUGGAAACAAACUUUGAAUCUGGAUUUUUUUACGCAACUAUUGGCAUUACUUCAGCCCUAGAAAUCUCACAGGUCACAGUACAUCUUCAACAGGACUACUGUAAGUUUCUGGCUGAAAUUCUGUAUUAAAUUAAAUCUGAUUGACCCGAGUGGCUUCUGUGUUUUUAAACAAUGCUCUAGUAAACCAAAAUACAGUGUUAAAUAACAAAAUAUGCUUGCAACCUUAAUGUAUAUACUAAUGUUGCAUUAUCAAUGUUAGAGCUGUGAAGAUCAGAUAGAUUGUAUGUACUUAGUUCUAAUGUGAAUGUUCUAUCCAGUAUCUGAGGAUAUUUCAGGGGAAUACAAAUUGUAAAAAUGCUAUAUAUCCAAAUGAGAUUAAUGUUUAGACUGAAAUGGGAGCUUUAUAGAGACUUCUAUGUAUCUUGUGGAAAAAUUUCCAUCACUUUGAUGCUUGAAUUUGCCACUGAUUCCAGUUCUGCAUUGAAAACUCAGUUGACUGGUUUUCUGUUUUGCAAAUUAUAGCCUGGGACUUAACCGUAAGCAUUAGAUCUCAAACAUCUAACUGCAAAUAGAGAAAUAGUAAGCUGCUACUAGGAAUUGAAUGGGAUUCAUAGCAGGUACCUUUAAGAUGCUGUGAAUUAUGCUGGUUUCUCUAAUCUAUUAUUUCGAGAGAGUUUUCCAGGAAUUAUUCAGAUUUCAUAGUGUUCAUGUUUUGAAUUCAUAUCCGGAGGCAUGCUGUAGGUAUCUCCACAGAGACAAUUGUGACUUUUGGCUAAACUGAAAUAUAGUAGUACAAGCUGUAAGACCCCUUCAUUUUUGUUAAUUGCUUAAAUACUGUUUUAAAAUUAUGUAGACAGACAUACGUGCAUGGCACUGAGAGCUUGAUUAGAGAAGUAGCCUGAAAAGUGACAAAAAUCUCUGCUGUGUACACACAAUACAGAAAUGUUUGUUUCCUAGCUGAGGGUGGGUUUAACCAGUUUCAGUUCUCUUCAUAUUCAUAGCCAUACAAAGCUUUGCUCUGAUGUAGGGAAGUAGUGGUUCAGAUCAAAGGUGGAACUGGUGCAGUCAGCAGUGGUAUUAAGCUGACAGCAUGCUGUCACAGCAUACUCCAAAAAGAAAUGGCCAGAGAUACUUGGCUUCUAACAGCUGAAGAACAGUUGUGUGCAUCUGUUCACUUACUGUACCUGCAAACAGGUUGAGUCACUACCUCAACCCACUGAGAAAACUGAAGAAAGUUGCUAUAAUGUUUUCCUUUGGCAAGCCUUGUGAUUCUUCCAAAAGUGAUUAAGCAUGAAAAAAUUGGGGAUGACUGCUUUUAGUCAGAAACAUUGUGUACUUAAAGAUGAUGGCUUAUUCCUUUUAUCUGCAUGCUGAGGAGGGAUCUUUGUCUCUGCUCUGUGAUUAGACACAGUAGUUGCCUUUUCACUGAAUGAACCUGGCUGCCAGGACUGAAGAGCUAUAAGUCGGUGAAAGGUGUCUUUUAAUGAAUGACAGCAAACUGCAUUCUGUUUCUUAACUUGAAGUGCUUAGUAGCAAGCCUGUACAUUCCUAGUAUUUUGCUGGAAAAAAAAUACCAUCUGUAGCAAAGUGACAUAUUUAUUUUGUGCCAUGUCUUGGGAGUUUCUAAGCACUGCUGCAGCUGAUGCUGAAUGAGAGAAAGCACUGAAAAAAAUAUUGCCAGGAGAAUCUCGUGGUCUUACUCUAAAAUAUGUCCCUGUGCCUACUGGGAUAUUACAACUAGUAUAUAUGCAGUGCAGAGUGCAUUAGUGGCAUUUCAUUUCUGCUCAAUUGCUGGAUGUAAAUAGUUUUGUACAAUCAAAUUUCUCAGUGAGGUAGGGCUUUUAUAUUGUUUAAAACUUUUUUUAUACUAGCUGACACUUCUGCUCUUUAAUUUAUUCUGUAAUUUAUUCUGGCAAUUUAUCACAGUGUUUAUUCUAAUAUUGUGUCAUCCAGUAAUCAUAGAAUCAUUGAACCAUAGUAUGGCUUGGGUUGGAAAGGACCUCAAAGCUCAUCUAGCCCCAACCCGCUGCUGUGGGCAGGGCUGCCCCCCACCAGCUCAGGCUGCCCAGGGCCCCAUCCAGUCUGGCCUUGGACACCUCCAGGGAUGGGGCACCCACUGCUUUUCUAGGCAGCUUGUGCCAGUGCCCUCUGAGUAGAGAAUUUCCCCCUUUUAUUUUCUCAUUAACUUUUCAGUUUAGUAUGCAGACUUUAAGAUACUGAGUUCAUGAUUAUGCAAUCUGCAGUGCACCUCAUAGGGCACAAAGGAAUAACUGUUUAUCACCUUUACCUGGUCAUCCCCUUUUCCAUUCAAACCUUUCUUCUCAACUUUCAUGUGCAUGUCUCUAAGUUCAGACUUCAAGCCUGAGUGGUAUUUUCUGUCAUUUGACUUAGUAUUGGGGAGGCACAUAUGGUAUGUGCUAGAUGAACUGCAGCAAACACACUUCCUUUUAGUUGUGUUCUGCUGCACUAGGAGUGCUAUGCUACAUGUUGAUCCUCUUGCCUUUACUGUUAUUCUGUAUGUAAUGGACAGACAAACUCUGAACUAAAAUCCCUCAUUCAACUGCAGAACCAGGUUUUUAGAAUCUAAUCUUUCCCAAGUUUGUUCUGCAGCAAGAUACAAUCUCUAAUUAGGUAAAACAUAUCAUUGCUAUUAUGUUUAUCACUGUUCUCCUGUAAGUCUGUUACUUGGUUUUGUCUCCAUUCCUCUGUUCUUGCAGCUGUGGUACAAUGCUACCUGGCACCAUCCUAUAUACAAAUCUAGUUCUUUCUUCCAGCCUAGCUCCAAAAUAACUUCAUUAAUAAGAUGUAGGUAAUGUGAGGGAAAAGUUUAAUCUGCAAAGCAAAUGUGAGUUUGUGUAAAACAGUGGAGGAAUGAGAUUGCAUGUGAAACUGAUUAGAAAUGGCAGAGGUUAGGACCUGAUAAGUAUCAAAUCAGAUACUUACUACUGAGUCUAUAAGAUGUGAUAGUUAUUACUGAUUAGCAGCUGAUGUGUGUGCAGACACGAGCUUCUAAAGCUAGUGGUAACAGCACUGCAAUGCAGAUUGUUAGACUUUGUAUUCUGUUUUCUCUAAAUGCACUUUCCUUAGUGUUUUAUACGCAGCUUUAAUUCUGUAUUUUUAUUUGCAUCUGUUGCAUGUCUUUGUUCUAUCUUAAUCUCAUCAUUCUACAUUUCAACUUUGAUAUUUACUAUUCUGUUUGUAUCGUUUGCUCAGUACUUUCAUGGUAUUUAUUUUCCUUUUCUAUUUCUGUUCUGCUACUAAUACCAUAGCACACACAGUACCUUCAAACUUUUUUUGUUCCAGGACAAACAAAGUAAACUUCAAAUCUUGGCUUCUCCUGUGCCUUCACAAAAGUAACCCCAGGUUUUCUGCGAUCUUGAAAUGCCAGAAACCUUUUUCCAAGUUGAAGCUUGUAAUAUCCUAUAUUGCCAUAAGUUAUUUUUGUCCCACAUAGUUAGAGCUUCUUUGCCUUUCUUUACCACUUGCUUUCAACACUUAAUUUGCUUUGGUGGUAAAACUCAUUAGGUGUGUCUUUGAAACGGUUUAACUUGCUAACCUGAGGGAAGUUUUUUUUUUUUGUCUGGAUUAAUGAAUUAUUCCACUCAGCAAAAGCCUCAUGAAUGCUGAAGCUGGCAGUUAGAUGGGGUAAAAGCAGAGCCACGGAAGGGAUGUGAGGGGGUAAGAAUACCUAUUUUAGGCUCUGGAGGCUGCCUCUUGUAAUUUCACCUCAUUUUGCAGCAUCUCAUUCACUUUCUUAGGAAAGGUGAAAGUGUGUGUUCAGUUUCCCUGUACUUCCCUUCUUGCUUUCCAAAUGUAAUGUAAGAGAUAUUAAAGUUAUAAAUAAUUUAUUCUGACAGUUAUGUAAAUAAUUUUGAUAUAUCAUCUCAUGGUUUUGAUUAAAAGUACAGAUAAACACGA